AUGGCUCGGCCCCUGCUCCUCUCUCUCCUGCUCUUUGCCCAACUGCGGUGGGGGGCCGGCGUCAGCCGAGGGCGGACGGUGCCCCACGAAGAGAAAGGAAGCCCAGGGAAACGGGCUAUUUACAACAGCGUCAAGAGCCCGGAUCCUCUCCCGGCUCCCUGGAGCAGAUCUACUGAGAGCACCAUCUUGGCGCAGAGACUCACUGAAGAGGUGCCCCAAAACGUGGCCUCCUUCCUCUACACUGGAGACUCCCGGGAACUGGGGCGCGCCAACUGCUCCAGGAGGUACGAGUUGGCCAGCUUGGCCGGGAAGUCCCGCCUCAUCGCUCACCCUUCUUUGCACGGUGCCCUGGACACGCUCCUCCACGCCACCAACUUCUUGAGCAUGAUCCUCCAGAGCAAUAAAUCCCGGGAGCAGAACUUGCAGGAGGACAUGGGGUGGUACCAAGCCUUGAUCAGGAGCCUCCUGGAAGGGAACCCCAACAUCUCCAGAGCCGCUAUUACUUUUAAUGUGGAGCCCUUAUCCUCUGCUCCCCAGGUUUUCCUCCAGGCCAGCCGGCAUGAGACCCAGAUCCUGCUGCAGGAUUUGUCCUCCACAGCCCAUCAUUUAGCCAAUGCCUCGAUAGAAACCGAGUGGUUCCACAGCUUGAAGCGCAAGUGGAGGCCACACCUGCACAGGAAGGUCUUAACCCCGGGCCCUAAAACUUUGGCGAGCAGCUGGAAGAAGAGAGACAGCUACACGGCAGAUAAGAACCACAUCAAAUGGUCCUCGCCCUACCUGGAGUGUGAGAAUGGGAAUUACAAACCUGGAUGGCUAGUGACUCUGUCAGCAGCUUUUUAUGGGCUGCAGCCAAACCUUCUCCCCGAAUUCAGAGGUGUUGUCAAAGUUGACAUAAAUCUGCAGAAAGUGGAUAUUGACCAGUGUUCAAGUGAGGGAUGGUUUUCAGGAACUCACAAAUGCCAUCUCAACAAUUCCGAGUGCAUGCCAAUUAAAGGCCUUGGAUUUGUGCUUGGAGCCUACAAAUGCAUUUGCAAGGCUGGAUUCUAUCAUCCCAACAUCUUUUCAGUGAACAGCUUUCAGAAGAAAGAUACAGAUAAUCACUUCUCUGGAGGCAAGAUAUCUGAGGAAGUCUACACCUGCCUACCCUGCAGGGAAGGAUGUUCUUACUGUACAGAUGAUACUCCCUGCUAUGCACAGGAGGACAAGUAUUUACGGCUUGCUAUCAUCUCAUUCCAAACAUUCUGUAUGCUGUUGGACUUCAUAAGCAUGCUGAUAGUCUACCAUUUUCGCAAGGCAAAGAGCAUCAGGGCUUCAGGCCUGAUUCUUUUGGAAACAAUCCUAUUUGGAUCACUCCUCCUGUAUUUCCCGGUUAUCAUUUUGUAUUUUGAGCCAAGCAUAUUUCGCUGUAUUCUCCUAAGAUGGGUUCGUCUUCUGGGCUUUACUACUGUUUAUGGAACUGUGACACUCAAGCUUCACAGAGUUUUGAAGGUAUUCCUGUCCCAAACUGCUCAACGUAUUCCAUACAUGACAGGCGGCCGAGUGAUGAGGAUGCUGGCUGUAAUUCUCCUGAUAGUCUUUUGGUUCUUGAUCGGCUGGACUUCUGCAGUCUGCCAAAACUUGGAGAGAAAUAUUUCACUCAUUGGCCAGGGGCAAACAUCAGACCACCUGAUCUUCAAUAUGUGCCUCCUGAGCCGCUGGGAUUACAUGAUGGCUGUUGCUGAAUUUUUAUUCCUCUUGUGGGGUGUUUAUCUCUGCUAUGCAGUGCGGACAGUCCCAUCAGCAUUUCAUGAGCCACGUUAUAUGACUGUUGCAGUUCACAAUGAGCUCAUUAUCUCUGCUAUAUUCCAUAUAAUUAGAUUUAGUCUUGCCUCAAGACUUCAGUCCGAUUGGAUGCUAAUGUUGUACUUUGCACACACGCACUUGACUGUGACAGUUACCAUUGGGUUACUUCUGGUACCUAAGUUUUCACUCUCAAGCAAUAACCCAAGAGAUGACAUAGCCACUGAAGCUUAUGAAGAUGAACUUGACAUGGGUCGCUCCGGGUCCUACCUAAACAGCAGUAUCAAUUCAGCUUGGAGUGAGCAUAGUUUGGACCCUGAGGACAUUAGGGAUGAGUUGAAGAAACUGUAUGCCCAGCUUGAAAUCUACAAAAGGAAAAAGAUGAUUGCUAAUAACCCACAUCUCCAGAAAAAGAGGUGCUCUAAGAAAGGCUUGGGUCGCUCAAUAAUGAGACGGAUUACUGAAAUCCCUGAGACAGUCACCAGGCAGUGCUCCAGGGAUGAGAAGGACCUUAUGGACCACAGUGCGACAAAGAACACUGCUGUCAUGAGAAAAAACCCACAGGAUUCCACAAGUUAUGAAAAGCCAAAGGAGGAGUCUUUGAAAAACAGAGUCUUUUCAUUAAAAAAGUCCCACAGCACUUAUGAUCAUGUUAGAGAUCAAACAGAAGAGUCUAAUAGCUUAACCACAGAAAGUGCUGAAGUUAUAACUGCUGAUAAUUCACUGCUGGAUUCCUUGACAGGGAAAAAAUUAACAAAAAAAUCUGCAGAAAAAGUUGAAGCUGUGUCCACUGAAUCUGUCCCCUUAGUAUGCAAAUCAGUAAGUGCACACAACUUAAGUGCAGAUAAGAAGCCUCUGCAUCCAAGAACAUCUGUGUUACAAAAAUCUCUCAGUGUUAUUGCUAGUGCCAAGGAAAAGACUCUAGGAUUAACCGGGAAAACACAGAGCCUAGAAGAAAGCAGUAAAUCCCAUAAAUUGCAGCAAAAGGGUAAAGAGGCCAGCAAAAAACACUCAGCCAGUGAUAAAGGGGAACAUAAAGAUUCACAUCGGAAAAACUCUACUCACACUGAGGAAACAAGGAAACCCCAUAAAUCUGGAAUUAUGAAACAACAAAGGGUUAGUCAGAUAAUUGCAAAUCCUGAUGCAGGCACAGGCAAGUCACUGCUUAAGGACAAUUUUGACAUAGCAGAAAUUUGUCCCUGGGAGAUUUACGACCAAACUCCUGAUACUGUGCCUUCUGAAUCGAAAGUUCAAAAACAUGUGUCUAUUGCUUCCUUAGAAAUGGAGAAAAAUCAUACUUCCCAGCCAAAGGGCAAAUCCCAUCACAAGCUUAAGACAGCUGAAGGAUAUCAGCAAUCAGAUCAAAAGUCCUUAGAGAAGUCAGAAACAUGCACUCCGGAGGCCCAAGAGCAGCAUGUUUUUGAAGAUGAGAAAAAACAUUUAAAUUCCAACUCUCAGGUCGCCCCUGGGUUUAAGAGUGAAAAUGUUAAUAAAUAUUAUGCAGCAAAUAUUUGUGCUGAAGAAUCUGAGAAAUUGCCUAAAAAAGGUGCAGUGCAAACAGCUGAAAGGGAAAAUCUCAAUAAUUUGGGAGAACAGAAAAAAAAUACAUCCUCCUUGCUUUCUUCUGACUCCUACAGAUCGAGUAGUAACUUACAGCAAGCUUUAGCAUCUAGAGCUGAAGUCUGUCCAUGGGAGUUUGAAACACCAGAUUUACCAAAUGCAGAAAGAUGUGUAUCUUUAUCAAACACAUCUGCUUUAGGUGCAAAUAAAACAGCAACACCUCAAAAAUAGAGGAUUUAGACUGAAAAGAGUAGCAGCACCAGGAAGAAAGACUACAGGAAGAAGGAAAGUGAGAGGGGACUAGGCCAAGAGGAUCUAAAAAUUCCUAAGGAGUAUCACUUAACUGAAGGUAUCAGGACAUGUAAAAGUAGGAAAUAAGCAAAAUAAAUUAUUAUUAUUUUAUUUAUUUCUUGAGUGCCAACAAUGUGAUCAAUGGUGUGCAAACCAUGGCAGGGAUAUGGUACCUGCACUAAGUAGUUUACAGUCUAAACAUACAGACACCUGCCUUCGCAAAACCAUUUCUCCCUUACAAACAGAAAAAAAGUAAAUGGCUGUAACAAUGAAACAAAUUCCAACUGAAUUGUUCCUGAAUUCCCCAAACUGGGCAAAACUUGCCCUUGGGACUUUAAAGAUCCAAUAAAAGUAUGGCAUGGAAAAUGUCUUGAUGGCAAAAUUGGGUAUAAAUGAGCAGCCUCCUGAAAAGAUGACUUUUUACUUUCCAUAUUUAACCUUGAAAGCACUGCUAACUUAAUGCAUCCCAAAAAUACAUUUUCUAUAAUGGUUGCUCUCAUUUUCUUAUACAUGUAUGUUUAAGUGCAUUGUUGUGUCUCAUAUUAAAGCAUUCCAGAUUGUAUACAUUUUACAAAUAACUUUGAUAUCAUGUGACACAACAACACAUUUAUGCAAUCUGCGGAUACUCUAUUGUUACUGCAGCUUACAAUACCUGCUAUAGACUUUUGUUUAUUUACCAAUUACAGUAAGCUUUCACUGGCUUUGAAAGCCAUAACUUGUAUGGAAAAACAUUUUGGAUUUUGUUGUGAUUUAUAUUGUGAAUUUUCUGUUCUACUCUCUAUUAUUUAAAAUUAUAGUUUGAUACUAUAUUAUCCAGGGUUUUUAUACAAGGUAAGUUAUUUAUUUGGCACUUCUUUGUUAGCAAUCAUAGACUUUAUUACUGGAGAGCAAGUCAUCUGUUUAGCUGUGUAUUUGGAUAAGUUCAAGGACAACUUAUCUGUUGUUUGUUACAAGUUUGACAAAUAUCAUUUCUCAAUACAGAAUUCCUGCUUUAAUCACCCAUCAUCAGUAUAUGUCUCAGUAUUCCAUAAUGAGCAUAUUCUGAUGAAGGAAAAGAACAAAGAUGACAAAAUACUUUUAGGAAUUAUGGUCUGUUUCACUAGCAACACACAGCUAAGGGAAAUACCUUAGAUUGUUUAGCGCUGAUGUGUUUCCUUCUGGUGAACUUCCAAGAACUGACUCUUUAAACAUUAAAAAAAAGAGAGAGAAAGAGAGAUUAACCCUAAUACAACACAUUUUCCCCCUAAAAUGCAAUCAGUAGAUAAAAAGAGAAGAAGAGGAUGGGGCAUUGCAAUCCUUCCUCUAAAAAUGUUUUAUGUUACACAGGAGUAACAUUUAUAACAUCAUAUGUUAAACACAAUUAAUCCCCAGUAACAACUAAGGCCCUGAUCCUGCAAAGGCUCACAUGUGUUUAACUUUAUAUAGUCAGAACAAUCAGUUGAAGUCAAUGAGAUUUAUACAUGAAUAAAUCUUGGCAUGGUCAGGACUUAAGAGGUAUUGUAGAAGCUACAAGGACUAAUAAAUAAAGUCAGUACUAGUAGACGAGGUGCCACCUUGGCUCAUUUCAAUCUAGGACUUGUCGUGUACUGUUGGUAUUAAUGCCAGCUCUGUGCGUGGAGAUGUGUAUUACCCCAAAAUAAAGGCAAUUCCAGGUCUCCUGAAGAGUUUUCAGAUUGAGAGAGAUGAUAGAGUUCACUGGGAAAGCCAGAAACAAGGAUAACUUAAUGCUGUGUUGUUCAAUAUAUGUGUGUGUGUACUAUGUACCCGAUACAUACAGAAUAGAUAUAUUUAAUGCAUAUGUAGACACACAUAUGUAAUAUAAACUGACUUCUCCUGGGCCUCAUAGAAAUGAGGUUUGUAAGAGACUUGGGCAAACUGAAAUGAGGAGGGCAUUUCCUCUUCUUUGCAGAGUUGUAGGCAAAGGAUUGAGCUGUGAAAAGGGAGGCUGAGAGACGGCCUCACCUCCAGCACUGGAGAAGCAUUAUAAUUAGAGUGUGCGUGCACAGAUUCUCUCUGUCCUCCCCAUCCCACAAAUGUUAUCCAGAGCCUGAGCUGAAGCUCAUUGAAGUCAAUGAGAGUCUGUCUGUUGAUGUCAAUGGGAUUAGGAUCAGGCCUCUGGUUAGCAAACCCAAUUUCUUCUAGGUGAUAUGUGGGCUUCAUUCUGCCAUUGCGUAGAUCUCAGGGUACCACCAAGCAGAUAGAGACCACCCAGAGCAUGCUGAGCCCCUGCUGGAGAGACCAAAUCCCAUCCAUGUGCCAGAAUCUGCCUAUGUAGCAAAGGAUGCCCCUAUUGAUAAGCAGAGGAACACAUGGCAGAGAUGGGAUUCUAUAUGGAGUCAUCUCUCAUCAGGCUGAGGAAAGGACGUCAGAGCCUGGCUAGUUUUCCGACAAGCCCUUUCUCCAUCAGAGCUGUCUGUGUUUGGGGCCAGGAUGCUUGCGGUGCAGCUCACUCACUGCCAUGGCCCUUUCUGCAUGAUGAAAUCCACACUUGCAGCUAGUGUGCACAGGGUAGGUAAUAGGGUGGGGGUAUCUUCUGCAUUUAUCCACCAUCUCCCGGAUCUCGUGUCCUCCGGGGUGUGAUGCCAUAUCAUGAUUUCACUAGUCACUAUGCUCCUUCUGCCCUCUGUGCACUCCGAUGGCACUGAGUGUGAAUGGACUGCCUCUGCAAUGCGUCAGUCAUGUUUGGGUAGCUCUCCAAACCAGGCCAGCUGGAGAUCCACAUGUGAUCCACGCAGUAGUGCUACCUGUUACACCACAGGCAAGAUCAAGCCCUGUGUGUGUUACUGUAUUUGUGCCAGUGCUGAUUGCUUUUCCUUAGGAUAGCUUAUAUGGGAAAAAAUCAUUAGCACCGAAGAAGAGGGCUAGAUCCAUAAGAGGUAUAUAUUGACAUAUCUCUGUUGAAGUCACUGGCAUAACAAUGACUGUCUGACCCAGAAUGGAUAUUUUAGUUUUACAUUUGUUUCUGAUACACAGAAUGUUCCCUCUCUUUUAAAACAUUCUCCAUGUGGAUUUUAGGUUUGCUCAAAUCAUGUACUUUAAGGCUGGUAAAACUGGAGAAUUUGUUUUAAAAGCAAUUACACUAAUUAAGGAUUGAUUUCCCUGGCACAUGCAGUAACGGAUAUUUGGGUUUCUUAUCUGUUGAUACUUUUGAUUCUUUCAACACUUUAUAAAACAAGGGGGCCAAAUUUCACUGAGCUGUUAUAUUUCACUAUGGUCCUGCUAGAAAUGUUGCUUAACGACGGCAAACUGAGUUAAACCAACAUGAUUUUCUAUCUUCCAUACAUUUUUCUCCACCAGCAUAUGUUAGCUAGAUUGCUUAGUUGUCUUUUUCUGGAGUUCCAUUAUCAUUAUUCAGCCAAGAGAAAUGCAACUCUAGAAUUAAGAUGUUUUCUAGCAGAUCUGUUAAGAAGAAAGAUAAUAAUCGCUCAGGUCACAAACAUUUGCUAGGUUGUCCUUCUCAAAUGCAUGUGCAAGCUGCAUCUCCUUUUUUUCUGAACUAUGGCUCAUAAAUAAUUAGAUUUAACCAAUCUUAAUCUACUUGUAUAUUUUAUGAAGGAAUUAUAUGCUUAAAAAUACAGAUAAUUAUUCACCCAUCAGCUUCGGUGGCAUUACAGAUAUGAAAACAGAUAGCACUUUUAUAUUUGCUCUCCUUAGGCUUUUGCAUGCAUUUGAUGACUGGCCCGCCUGAGAACACACUGCCUUUUCACUUUUAACAUUUUAGCUACUCAGAAUUGUAGAGUAAAUAAAGUGGUAAGUCUAUUCACUUUAUUCAGUAAUUCUUAUAAGACUAUUAUCUGGCAAUCUACAGUAUCCACCAUGAAAUAUUUGAUAGAUUUAUGUUGUAAUGUGUCACAGCAUGUAAAUAAUGUAACUUC